GUUGAAGUAACCAUAUCUGUACGCUCUUUCUCGCCACAACCUCUUGUCAGCUCGAGUCGCGAUGGCCUCUCUCGUGCAGCGCCCCGUCCUCGGUGCCCGCGUGGCUGCUCAGCGUCCCCGCGCUGCUGCCCGCAAGGCAGUGACCGUGCGCGCCAAGUAUGGCGAGCAGUCGCGGUUUGUCGACCUGCAGGACAUGGAGAACACCACCGGCGCUUGGGACAUGUACGGCGUUGAUGACAAGAAGCGUUACCCGGAGAACCAGAGCAAGUUCUUCACCCAGGCCACCGAGAUUUUGACCCGCCGGGAGGCCCUGCGCGGCUUUGUGGCCCUGUCCGGCAUCGCCGCCAUCGCCACCUUCGGCCUCAAGGGCUCCAAGGACGCGGCGCUGCCCAUCACCAAGGGACCCCAGACGGCCGGCGAGAACGGCAAGGGAGGCAACCGCGGCCGCCUGUAAACCACCAGCACCGCUGCUGACCAUGAGAUGAUGAGGUCUGGCAUGAUGAGAGUCGCUGCCGUACGUGGCUGUAGUGCCAUGUACGACGUACGGCUCUCAAGGGCUGUGCAUGUGCAGGCGUGGCCGCAUGCAUGACACGGAGCCCUGCGGUCGUCUGUUGUCCUGGGUGCGUGAUGAUGUGCGGCUUUAGAAGCGGUGUUGUUGGGGGCCCGGAGACGCGGGUUCUGAGGGAUGGAGCGACGCGUGUGUCGGGGUGUGUGUGUGUGUUUGCAUGAGGUAGGGGUCGGAGGGGGCUCGGGGGCGGUGUGGUCUCUCUCUCUCUUUUCCCGUGAGGGGGCUGUGUCCUCCCUGUCAGUUGCCCGUGGGUACGGAGUGCAAUUGUGAGCUACCACUGUGUAAACUGGAGAAGAAACGUUAUUUAGAAGAGUUCGACAAAGUGCAUUGGAAUACGAUUUCGCAGAGGCCAAUGCUUUGAUGGGUUGCGUGUGGUUGCUCGCCAUGAGGCGAGAUGAAUCGCGGCUGCUGGGUGGGGGGGCGGUGUUGGAGUCGCCCCGAAGGGUGUUAGGGAUGCAGAUCGCUGUUUAAGGAACUCCAAACGCGACAGGUGUCUUGUUUCUGUCCAACACUUACCAGCUGAUCCCUGCAGCCCCAACACCCCACUUGCCGGAUAAUAAGCAAGACUCAAAAGGCAUAUACAAAUUUGCAACGCUGAAGCAGAAUGAGCUGAGAAAUACAUGUUUAGGGCUGGAGGCAAGUGGGCUUGGCGUGGUUGGGACGCAUGCGCUGCCUGUUCCAACUCCCACGUGUGUAACGGCUAACACGCAC